UGACUCAGAUCGCGUCAAACUUGGCCUGGCCAACAAAUCCCGCGGGAAGCCGCGCGCUACAGCCAAACAGAAGCCAACACAUUCCCGAAUUGGCCGUCCUGUGACUGAUUUUGUUCGGUACCUCCACCUGAAAGUCCGCCAAGCAUUGGAUGCUACUCAGUAUAAGAAACAACAUCUUUGUCCCCCUUGAGCCAGGCCACCGACGUCGACCUCCGCCAACAAUCACCCAUCUAUCUCUCUACAGAGCCUUGUACAAUCCCACAGCCUCAAUGGCGGACCUCAACCAAGACAAGCAGGAGCCUACACCGGCCUCUCAGCCGCGCGUCUCGUCUAAGCGACGAGACCACGGCGCUCGUCAACAGCGCCACGCCGCCAUGGUCGAUGCUGGAGAUCCGCGUCCGAGGCUGAGCGACCGACACGGCACCACCCUCCAGGCCGCACACUGGCUGCACCGCCACUCUCGGCCCUCUGCGAGCGACGGCACCACCCGGACACUCCCCGUGAGCUCUCCUAGAACGAGGCCGCGGAGCCGUCUGGCCUGGACGACAUACGUCCAAGAGGGCGCAGAGCUCGCCAUGCCGCAGACCAAUCGCAUUUUCCACAUCCAGCCGUCACCCGACCGCUCCCGCAAUGGCGCCAGCACCAGCAACGCAGCAGGACGAACCCGCCGCCCGCCAUCUCUGGAACGCCAGGGAGCCUUCCGCGCGCCGGGCACCAGCGCGCUCCCUCGCCGCCGCAGCAGCUGCGAUAACGACGACCACUACCGCGACGACAGCACCGCCGGCGACGACCGCGACUUCGAGGCGGUCGAGGCUGAGGACAUCGCCGACCUGUACGAGCUCGGCCUGCUGUACGAGGACGAGCACCUGCGCGGCGCCGGCUUCGGCUUCGAGGCGCUGGCCGGCCAGCAGUACACGCUCGACCUGCGUUGCGUCGCGCAGCGCUCCCGGGCCCGCAGGCCUAAGGCGCCGCCGGCCCUCGAGCGCCGCCAGCACGGCGGCUCCGCGUUCCCGGGCCGCAGCGGCCACCUAUUCGGCGCCGACGCCGACCUUCCGCUCGAGGACGGCUCGAUGCGCCCGCUGGCCGACCACAGCGACGGCAUCUCCAACUUCCUCAUCGCGCCCGAGGCCGACGACCUAUUCGGCGAUCUCGGUGACGACUUUGACCUCGUCUCGAUUCCUCCCGACGCGGAGAUAUUCCCGGAUCUGGUCUCUGACAGCGACGACUGGGACGACGAUGGAAGGAGCGGCAGCGACUGGGUCGUUAUGAGCGACCUGGAGCAGGAGCCUACUUCAAGGACGCAGUGAGCCUCGGCGCCACUGGGCACCACUCCUCGACUGUGCCUUGAUCUUCAGGCUCCCCGUUCGGAGGCCACAAUCAGAUCCCCAGAGCACAGGUCUCUUCUUUGUGCCCAUCUGCCUUGAUAUUCUUUGCAAUGGGCGUUAUGGUGCGGAAAAGUGCUUGGGACUAGAGUCUUACCUUGUUUUGAUAUUAUGAUUACUUCCUCCUGUACCUAUCACACCUACAUAUUUGAUCUUUAUAAACUGUCGCGAAUUACAUGAA